CUUCGCUGAGAGUCAGGAUGAAAUAGCAGAGUUUGGGAACAUAGCUGAGGAAGUGAAAACCGCUACGCCUGCAGACUACAACGGUGAGACAGAAAAGGAAAUAUAACCCUUAUUAUCAACCUUUGAACCUCAUUUCUUCAAGACAACGGAAGAGUCACAAGACAUUUCACAUAUUCAGUUUAAGAACAGGAACAUUCUCUGGCUUUUGUGGCGUUAAAAAACGAGAGUUAAUUUUAGGAAAAGCUGAGCUGAAAAUGUGUGUUUGAGGAGAAGCGGAAGCUUUUUUUUUUCCAGAAGUUGCACUAGUGGUUUUAAAGAGAAAAUAAAGACAUAAAACCUUUGUCACUGGCAAGAUGGCAUCUGUGAGAUACGAUCCUGGGUCAGAUACCAGAGAAGUUAAUGGCUUCGGUAUAGAAGAGAAGGUUGAGGCAAACAUACACAUUGAUGAUGGUAAAAUGGAGACCAGUGAAACAGACACAAUGUAUCAACAAAUCAGAAAGAUGAUUGCUCCCUUUGUGAUGUCAUUUGGAUUUCGGAUUUUUGGUAUGCUGCUUAUAAUUGUUGAUAUCACCGUGGUCAUUGUCAACCUUGCCACUUUAGACAAUGCCAGUAUCUUUGAGGGGAUUUCUCUGGGGAUCUCUUUCUUCUUCCUUGCUGAUGUGCUAUUGAGAGUCUACGUGGAAGGGUUCAAUACCUACUUCAGUUCUAAGCUGAACAUUGUCGAUGCCUGUAUUGUUUUUGUCACCCUGGUCAUCGCUAUGGUGUUUGCCCUUUCCGAUGUCUCUGGAGUAGCACUCAUUCCCAGGAUGUUAUCCUUCCUGAGAGCAAUGAGGGUCUUCAUCCUUAUUAGGAUUGUCAGGAUUGCCUCUCAAAGGAAGCACCUUGAAAAGGCCACCCGACAAAUGGUCUCUGAAAAUAAAAGGCGUUAUCAGAAGGAUGGCUUUGAUCUUGACCUCACCUAUGUUACCGAUCGCAUCAUUGCCAUGUCUUUCCCAUCUUCUGGAAAGCAGUCUUUUUAUAGGAAUCCUAUUGGGGAAGUUGCAAGAUUCCUGGAUACAAAGCACAUGGAUCACUACAAAGUGUAUAACCUGUGCAGUGAAAAAGGCUACAAUCCCAAAUUCUUCCAUCACAGAGUAGAAAGAAUCUUAAUUGAUGACCAUAACGUCCCUGCACUGGAAGACAUGCUGAAAUACACUACAGGUGUUCGAGAGUGGAUGGCUGCCGAUCCUCGGAACAUCGUUGCCAUUCAUUGCAAAGGUGGUAAAGGUCGAACUGGAACACUAAUCUGCGCCUGGCUUAUUGACAAUGAACAGUGUGCAAAUGCAAAGGAAAGUUUACAGUAUUUCGGAGAGCGAAGAACUGACAAAAGUAUGAGUUCAAAAUUCCAAGGAGUUGAGACCCCCUCCCAGAGCAGAUAUGUUGGCUAUUAUGAAAUCUUGAAAAAGAAAUACAACAGGCAGCUGCCGCCAAGCAAGAGUUUGAAAAUAAGGAGCAUUAGAAUCCACUCUAUAACUGGUGUUGGAAAAAGCAAUGGCAGUGAUCUCAAGGUGAAGAUUAUUGUGAAAAAACAAAAUGCAUUUCAAUGUGUUUGUGCUACUCAGGAAAGCUGUAAGCUGUUUUUUGAUGCUGGUGGUAACGCCGCUGUUAUAAGCUUACUUGAGUGUCCUGUUUUAUGUGGAGAUGUGAAAAUCAUGUUCGAGUCUAGUGCAGGACUUCCUAAAGGUUAUGAAGACUGUCCGUUCUAUUUCUGGUUCAACACUUCUUUCAUUGAAAAUAACAGGCUUUACCUGUCCAGAGAGGAACUGGACAACCCCCACAAACCAAAGACAUGGAACAUCUACAAGGAGGACUUUGCUGUAGAACUGACUUUUUGUGAUCCAUAGCGCUGGAAUCUCUGUGCUGUGGAAACACUGGUUACAACAGGUUUUUUUUCAGCUGUUAUAGGGCAGGUUUGUUUUUCAAAACAUUGCUUAAUCUGAAAAUGUUUUUAAACACUAGACAAUAAAGCUGUCAUUAAAAAAACAUUCCUUCAUGUUUUGUAGAUAGGGUUAGCAGUAAAUAACAGAUUUUCCCUGUAUUGUUGUUUUCUUUUGCGUGAAUUGACUGUGCUGAAUUAAAUGGUGAGGCCUUCCCCUUCAGCUAUUACAAAAUAUACAUUUCUUAAUUUAAAAAAAGCAAAAAACAAAUUAUUUCCAGACAGUUAAUAUCUUCAAAUGCCAAAUGGUUAUGGAAACAGGAAUGGGAGGACUGGUACCAUUAAAAUAUACAUAUUUGUGAUUGUAACGUAAGUACUGUAGUUGUAUAAGAAUUAUAACACUAAAUACUGUGAUUACCUAGCCAAAACUGUUUUAAAGAUAAUAUUAAGGAUUUGUGUGAAUUGUGAUUUAUAAAAUUGAUUCUUUUCAAUAUUCAAUAAAAAAAAAAAGUUCAAUAUA